AUGUUGAAGCAACUAUUAUUUUUCAUCAUUAAGAUUCCAGGCACAAUUUUUUACUUUUUGAAAAAGUUAAGCUCACGUGAACGCAAACGCUAUCCACCAGGACCUUUUCGGCUUCCUUUCAUAGGAAGCCUGUGGCGGCUUGGGAUUAAGCUAUCGGAGAAUACUUUCACAAAGCUGGCAAAGCAAUAUGGGAACAUUUAUUCUCUGUGGGUAGGGAGUCAUCAUGCUAUAAUCCUCUCUGGAUACCAAACUGUGAAAAAAGGAUUGAUUGACAAUUCAGAAGCCUUUGCUGAUCGUCCGCUCACACCUUUUAUUUUAGCUGUUACCAAAAACAGAGGUAUUGGCUUUUCAAACGGUCAUGUCUGGAUGCAGCAAAGACGGUUUGGUGUUGUUACCAUGAGGAAACUGGGACUGGGAAAAAAAGGUUUGGAAUCCCAAAUCCAAGAGGAGACCCAACAGCUAGUGGAGCUCUUUGCACGUACAGAGGGGCAGGCAUUUGAUCCAGCACUACCCAUCACAAAUUCAGUGUGCAACAACAUCUGUGCUGCAGUUUUUGGACAUCGGUUUUCCACUGAUGACAAGGACUUCCUGGAGUUGAUGGAAGCAAUUCAGGUUUCCUUAAAAUUUGGAGGCAGCUUCUUCCAUGGUCUCUAUGAAGUUUUCCCACGUAUCAUGAAACUUCUGCCAGGCCCUCACCAGACUGCCCUGUCUGCAUUUGAGAUGCUUUUUUCAUUUGCAAGGAAGCAGAUUAAACAGCAUAAGGAGAACCAGAACCUGCAUGAACCACAGGAUCUCAUUGAUUUCUAUCUGUUUCAAAUAGAAAAAGUAAGCUUUUACAUUAUAUGGGAAUACUGA